CCCGCCUCACUCAGACAUGCUGUCGCCAGCCUCGUGACGUCAUCAUCUGCUGCAGCACCGCGCAGCCCCUCUCUCCCUCCGCCGCUCCCUCAUCAUCCCCGAGAGAAAGUAGUCCCAACCCUGAACUUGAAAAUAAUCCUUUUGGAUUUAGAAGCUGAGCAAUAUCCUCAAAGACCUCAUCAGUAAUUCCCUCCCAAAACUGGACCUCCACCUGCCGCCCCAACCUUCUUUUGGCCCAGCGGAGAAGGAGAGCGGGAGGGCUGCCCCGUCCAUCAUGAACGUCACCUCACUCUUCUCCUUCACCAGCCCGGCCGUCAAGCGUCUGCUGGGCUGGAAGCAGGGCGACGAGGAGGAGAAGUGGGCCGAGAAGGCCGUGGACGCCCUGGUGAAGAAACUGAAGAAGAAGAAGGGCGCCAUGGAGGAGCUGGAGAAGGCGCUCAGCUGCCCCGGUCAGCCCAGCAGCUGCGUCACCAUCCCCCGUUCGCUGGACGGCCGGCUGCAGGUGUCCCACAGGAAGGGCCUGCCGCACGUCAUCUACUGCCGCGUGUGGCGCUGGCCCGACCUGCAGUCCCACCACGAGCUCAAGGCGCUGGAGUGCUGCGAGUACCCGUUUGGUUCCAAGCAGAAGGACGUGUGCAUCAACCCUUACCACUACAAACGUGUGGACAGCCCAGUGCUGCCCCCUGUGUUGGUACCGAGGAACAGCGAGUUCAACGCCAAGCACACCAUGCUGCCCCGUUUCCGCAACCCUCUGCAGCAGAACGAGCCACACAUGCCCCAGAACGCCACCUUCCCAGAGUCCUUCGCUCCGGCCAACCCCGUGCCCUUCCCCCAUUCGCCGGUAAAUAGCUUCCCGAGCUCGCCGGGGAGCGGCAGCAACGCCACCUUCCCCCAUUCGCCCUCCAGCUCCGACCCCGGCAGCCCUUUCCAGAUGCCAGAGACGCCGCCGCCCGCCUACAUGCCCCCGGAGGAGCCAAUGACUCAGGACUGCCCCCAGCCCAUGGACACCACCCUCUUGGUGCCGGCUUUGCCUCUUGAGACUAGCAACCGGCCAGAUGUGCAGCCCGUGGCCUACGAGGAGCCCAAGCACUGGUGCUCCAUUGUUUACUACGAGCUCAACAACCGCGUCGGCGGGGCCUUCCAGGCAUCCUCCACCAGCGUGCUCGUCGAUGGCUUCACGGACCCCUCCAACAACCGCAACCGCUUCUGCCUCGGCCUGCUCUCCAACGUCAACCGCAACUCCACCAUCGAGAACACCCGGCGGCACAUCGGCAAAGGUGUCCACUUAUACUACGUCGGCGGCGAGGUCUACGCCGAGUGCCUGAGCGACAGCAGCAUCUUCGUCCAGAGUCGCAACUGCAACUUCCACCACGGCUUCCACCCCACCACCGUGUGCAAGAUCCCCAGCGGCUGCAGCCUGAAGAUCUUCAACAACCAGGAGUUCGCCGAGCUGCUCGCCCAGUCGGUCAACCACGGCUUUGAGGCCGUGUACGAGCUCACCAAGAUGUGCACCAUCCGCAUGAGCUUCGUCAAGGGCUGGGGAGCUGAAUACCAUCGCCAGGAUGUGACCAGCACCCCUUGCUGGAUCGAGAUCCACCUGCACGGACCCCUGCAGUGGUUGGAUAAAGUUUUAACGCAGAUGGGUUCCCCCCACAACCCCACAUCAUCCGUCUCCUAAACCGCCCUCGUGGUCAGCUUCGGCAUUUUUUUUGGCCCAAGUAGCAAGACCGGUGGCCUGGGCGGGUCCCAGACCAGUUUGUACCUUAUUGCCCGUUAGAUAACAUAACAACGUUAAAAGAUGAAAGCACAGGCAGCUGAUCUGGGACCUGCAAGGUAAGGCAAGGCAAGGUGGGGUGGGGUGGCUUUCUACUUGAAGGACCUCUGAAGUGGGCACAUUUACAGACUGGGAGAGGAGCAAGCAGAGUGAGCAUGAUGCAACUGGAAGAUACUUGAUCUCUGUGACCAACUGUAAUAAUCCAACCAUCAGCGCAGGUGUCCUCCCUCCACUUUUUGCUCCCUUUGUUCUCCCUCCGAUAUCCAUUUGAAAAAAAAACCUGUUACUACCAAAAAAGUACUCUGCGGUUUUACCUUUAUGUAAUCAGUCUGUGUCCAUGUUUUGGCACCCUCGCACAACAGUUUACGGUACCAAAAAGGUGACGUUUAAACUAUUACGGACUAAACAAAUCCAGAAAGAGACUUUUCUUCCGUCCGUUGGACCCGAUAGUUGUACAGAGCUAGCGAAUUGUCGACUACAAAAGGCUCAUUUAUGCACAGAACCUUCCGUCCAUACUUGCUUUGCGUCAUGUUGCAAUACCACCAGAAAACUGUGGGGGCAGUUUUGUAGCUCGUUACUAAAUCUUGUGACUGCCACAAUAUAAUCCCGUCAGUUUCUGUCUUUUUUUUAAUUUGUUGUCAAAAACUGUCGUGUUGAAUUUUUUUUUUUUUAUUCCGAUCGACGCCGAGUGGAUUAAUUGUGAAAGGUUUAUUCCAACGCAUUACAUUAUAAAGGGCAGUGGUGUUUACAUUGUUUAAGAUGCGCACAUCAAGUUUCGUAACUAAAAGCAGCAUACCGUAUUUUUCGGACUAUAAAUCGCUCCGGAGUAUAAAUCGCACCGGCUGAAAAUGCAUAAUACAGAAGGAAAAAAACAUAUAUAAGUCGCACUGGAGUAUAAGUCGCAUUUUUUGGGGGGAAAUGUAUUUGAUAAAAGCCAACACCAAGAAUAGACAUUUGAAAGGCAAUUUAAAAUAAAUAAAGAAUAGUGAACAACAGGCUGAAUAAUUGUACGUUAUAUGAGGCCAUACUUGCCAACCCUCCCGGAUUUUCCGGGAGACUCCCGAAAUUCAGCGCCUCUCCCGAAAACAUCCCGGGACAAAUAUUCUCCCGAAAAUCUCCCGGUUUUCAGCCGAAGCUGGAAGCCACGCCCCCUCCAGCUCCAUAAGGACCUGAGUGAGGACAGCCUUUUUUCAUGACGGGAGGACAACAGGGUGACAAGAACUAAAUU